AUGGAGGAGCCGGAGAUGGUCAGAGGUCGCCACGACGGGUGUCUCUUCAUGAAGCUGAGCAACAAGAUGAAGGCAGGUAGACAUGUCGACGUCUUCCUGAUCACGGGGCCACGCGACGAGGUCGACAAGCUGCUGGAGGUCAUGGGCAAAAGGCUGAAACUGUCAGACGUGGUGAAGAUCACCAAGAAUGGAGACCAGGCGACGUUCCUAAGCAUGCAGGUGGAGAAGGUCGAGGACGGCUACACGAUCGGUGGCAAGACGAGCUUGAUCGAUGAUGUCCUGAAGGAGCUGGGCCUGGAGAGCGCUAAGCUAGCAGUGUUGCCCGAGACCAAGAACGAGGUGAACAUGAAACACGACGAGGUGAAACUGGACGCGGCUGGACCUAGCCGCUACAGGGCAUGCGUGGGGAAGUUGCUGCAGUUGGCGAGUCACCGUCCCGACAUUCAACGUGGAGUUGGAGUUCUAAGCCGGGGCAUGUCGGGACUCGCGGAGAAGGACUUGAGGCGGUUGAAGAAGAUGUCUCGGUACCUGGCGGGUACCCUCGACUACAUGAUGCAGCUGAUUGCUAACAAGGGAAGCGUUGCAGUUCAGUGCUGGGUCGACGCCGACUGGGCCGACGACAAGGCGGACAGGAUCUCGUCAAGCGCAGGUAUACUGCAGUACCACGGGUGCACCAUCCCGUCGUGGUCGAGGCAAGAGAAGACAGUGCCGUACGUGAUGAGCGACAGCAGCAGCGCCUUGCACAUCGUGAAGAAGGGGGGGCCAGGAAAGAUGAAGCCCGUGGAUCUCCGUUUCCUGGCGCUGCAGCA